CACGAGUCAAUAAAGUUCAUAUCUUAUUAUCAAGCCUUUAUUUGCUAUUCUAAGCAAGCUCAUUUUGGUCAAAAAAUGUCUAUCGAACAAGACACUGCCUCCACUGGCGCAUCCGAGCGCAGCCAUGCUGAAAUCAUCGCCAUUGCAGCCAGAGGAAACGAGAUCACGGGAUUGGACAUUUUCCAAAAGACAUCAGACGAUAUCUCUCCCGCCAGAGUCGAACAGUUGAUGUCGCAGAUGCACGAAGAUCAGCCCGUUGGAGGUAUCGACAUCUCGUAUGGGGACAGUGAUGCACAGCAUCUUCGCUUCUGGAAGUCCAAAUCACCGAAAGCUCCAAUUGUCGUGUAUGUCCACGGCGGGAGCUGGAGAGGCUACGCAUUUGCCACCAUCAACUACACCCUCAUUCCCUUAGUCAAGGUGGAAGAACAGGUGCAGGAGGUAGCCAACGCGGUCGGCUUCCUGGCCAAGAAUGCAGAUGAACUCGAAUUUGACGAUGGACGGGUCAUCUUAAUGGGGCAUAGUUCUGGAGCACAUGUCGUCACUCUGCUGGGGACUGACACAAGUUACUUGGAGCGCGCAGGGGUGGAUAUUCGCACCAUACAAGCCGUCAUCUCGAUCGAUGGCUCCAACUACAAUGCGUUGGCCGAGAUGAUGGAUAGCCCGGGUCCAAUAGCACAAAACGCGACCUACGGACUCGGCUCCGAUCCGGAGCGGCUGCGUGCCAUGUCGCCGACUUACCACGCUCGCGGUCCUAAUGCCCAGGCUUUUCUGCUACUACAUGUCCAAAGGCAAGGUGACAUUAGACAGGCGGUCGAGUUCGCUGCUGCAUUGACUGCUGCGGGCACUGAAGUAGCCUUCCAUGUAUUCGAGGGCGGGUGGUUUGAAGGUCAUAUGCAGAUGCUACUCAGGCUUGGUGACCCGGAAUAUCCUGCGACUUCGGUUAUGGAUAACUGGCUGAAUGAGCAUGUUCCAUUGGCCUAG